AUGAAUGGAGCAGCUAUAAAGAUGCCAGAGCCUGGAAAAGAUAUUUUGAAAUUUAAAAAUUUCAAAAACAAAGAAAGGGCUCCAUUCGUCGUAUACGCCGACUUGGAAUCCAUUCUGAAGCCUACUGAUGAUCCUAAAAAACUUCAACAUCAUAUUCCGGCAGCUGUGGGUUACUACUUGAAGUGCUCAUACGAUGACACUCUAUCCUUCUAUAGGGCAUAUCGUGGAGAGGAUUUUAUGCAAUGGUUUGCUGAUGAGAUGAGUCAACUAGCUGAAGAUAUGACUUCAGUGUUUUGGUGUCCCUUCGACAUCGAUAUGACUGCAGAGCAAGAAGUUGAGUUUCGAAGAGCUACACACUGCCACAUCUGCGAAGAACCCUUCACUAACGAAGAUAAGAAAAUAAGCGAUCAUAACCGUCUCAUUCCAUGUGAUAAUUAUCGUGGCCCCGCGCAUGAAGGGUGUAAUAUAAACUAUAAGGACUCUCAUACUGUUCCUGUUGGUUUUCAUAACUUGAGUGGAUUUGACAAAGAAAAGUAUAUUUCCUUCACAAAACACGUUGACGAUACACCAAUUCAAUUCAGAUUCAUCGAUUCGUUCCGUUUCAUGGCUUCUUCAUUAGAUAAACUAGCAUCGUAUCUUCCAGAGUUCCCCAAUCUGAAGUCGCAGUUUGCCGAUGUGCCUAUGGAACACUUCAAACUUUUAACGAAAAAAGAAGUUAUGCCAUAUGAUUAUAUAGAUUUGUUUAGUCGAUUCGAUGAACCAUCUUUACCAUCCCAGGAUGAGUUUUAUAAUAAAAUGGAAAAUAAGAUCUGCCCCCGACGUUUUUAUCAACGAGCUCAGGAUGUAUGGACCACGUUCAACUGCCAGAAUCUAGGUGAUUAUGUGGACUUAUAUAUGAAGACUGAUAUUCUCCUGCUAGCUGAUGUCUCCGAAAUGUUCAGAACCUGCAUCCUCAACUCACAUAAACUCGAUCCUGCACAUUAUUUCACUUUACCCGGCUACACGUGGGAUGCUAUGCUGGAGUAUACUGGGAUUGAGUUGGAACUUCUCACCGAUGUUGAUAUGUUUCUCUUUGUUGAGUGUGGAAUACGAGGUGAGCUCAGUCAAGUUUGCUCAAAAAGGAGAUCGCAUGCAAAUAAAAAGUACAUCAACAAUUAUGAUCCCUCCAAACCAACAACAUUCAUGAUGUACUAUGAUGUCAACAAUCAGUAUGGGUGGACAAUGAGCCAAUAUCUUCCAUAUGUAGGCUUUGAGUGGACAGAUUCCAAUAUAGAUAUCACUCAAAUUCCUGAUGAUGCCGAUGAAGGAUACAUUCUGGAAGUGGACUUGGAAUAUCCCCAGCAUUUGCAUGACAAACAUAAAGAUCUACCAUUUUGCCCGGAAAAUAUAUGUCCUAAGACGAGAAAACCUCCAGUAAAAGCUAAACAGCUUCCAAAGGUGAUGGCUACUUUACAACCGAAGGAGAAAUAUAUUAUACAUUACAGAGCAUUGAAGCAGGCUUUAGCACAUGGAUUGAUAUUGAAGAAAAUCCAUCGUGUGUUGAAAUUCAAACAAAGUCCAUGGCUGAAGUCCUAUAUCGAUUUAAAUACAGAGUUACGCGCAAAGGCAUCAAAUGAGUUUGAAAAAAAUUUAUACAAUUUAAUGAACAAUGCAGUCUUCGGUAAAACUAUGGAGAACGUUCGGAAAAGGGUUAACAUAAGACUUCUCACCGAAUGGAGUGAUAGAUAUGGAGCAGAAGCCUACAUUGCUAAGCCUGAGUUCAAGUCUUGCACCAUAUUCAAUGAGAACUUGGUGGCUGUUGAGCUUAAUAAGCUGCAAAUUUUCCUAAACAAGCCUAUAUAUGUAGGACAGACUAUUUUGGAUUUGUCAAAGACAACCAUCUAUGACUUACACUAUGGAUAUAUGAUGGAGCGUUUCGGACACGGCUGUACCGUUAUGUAUACCGACAUCGAUUCUCUCAUAUACGAGCUGCGACAAGACCCCUACGAGAUAAUGAAGCGAGACUGUCAUCAACACUUCGAUACUUCGGAUUAUCCAUCCAACAAUCAGUUCAACGUUCCUUUGGUGAAUAUAAAGGUUUUCGGGAUGAUGAAGGACGAGAACAAUGGCGUACCGAUGACGGACUAUGUUGGACUUCGUUCUAAAUUAUAUUAA